AUAACUUUUAGACUGGGAGAGAGAAGAAAUGAGAGAUCCCAUCGAAUACAUCGAAAUAAUUCCAGGAAGGUUGUACUUUUACAUAAUUAAGGAUCCAGAAUGGACUCCGCUGAAAAAUACGGAGGAGUAUCAUUUCUUCUGCACUGAUUUCGUCUUCAAAUAUGUCAACUUCCAUGAAGACUUUGGACCCCUUAACCUAGCAUGCAUCUAUAAAUACUCCAUCCUGUUGGAUAGGAAGCAGAAAAUGAAGUCGAUGUGUCGAAAGAAGAUCGUACACUACACUGUUUGCAAUGUGCCCAACGAUGCUACCCACUAUAAAAUAAAUGCUGCAUUUCUCAUCGGGACCUAUAUGAUAUCUCAUCUAAAGAAAAAUGCCCAAGAAGUGUAUAACAUGUUAAGCAACGAUGGACUAGAGGAUUACGAAUACUUUAGGGAUGCAUCAGCUGGCCUGUGCAAAUAUCAACUGUCACUCCUAGACUGUCUUGAGGGGUUCGAGAAAGCAUUGAAUGUAGGAAUCUUUGAUUUUGACUCGUUUGACCCUGACUACUACAGCCAUUACGAAAAAGUAGAGAAUGGUGACAUGAAUUGGAUUGUUCCUGGUAAGAUGAUGGCAUUCUGUAGUCCACAUCUAUGCUCCAAGAUUGAUAGAGGUGUCACCCUGCAUGGGCCAGAACUGUACAUAGAGCACUUCAAGAAGGCCAACAUCAACGUGGUUGUCCGGCUGAACAACAAGACGUACGAAUCGAAUUCAUUCAAGAAGGCAGGCCUCCAGCAUCACGAUCUCUACUUUCCAGAUGGUUCCACGCCGUCUGUCUGUCUGGUUGAGAAGUUUCUUAAAAUAUGCAGGGAGGCCGAAGCUAAGGGGGUUGCCGUGGCAGUCCAUUGCAAAGCCGGAUUGGGCAGAACAGGCACUCUAAUCAGUUGCUACCUGAUGGACAAGUAUGGCAUGACCGCUAAACAAUCCAUUGCGUGGACCAGGAUCGCCAGGCCAGGAUCCGUCAUGGGAGUCCAGCAAAACUUUCUUGAAAAGAUGGAGUCAAGUUUAUUGAGGAAAGAGGAAAAACUUUCUUUAUCAUUGUCAUCUCUACCUUCCCCGCAGGUCGACUCUAAUAAUGAUGCAUCUCCAGAGAAAAAAUCUUCCACAUCGUUACCCCCAACAUCUUCGCCACCAUCUGUGGCCGCCACAACGGACACCACUGCAUGCAUCAGCGAUAUAGAGAAUGGUCUGAAUGACAUUGCAUUGGAUAGAAACAAAACAGCCCACGUCCUCUCAUCUCUGCACAACACAUCUUCCAUUUCAGAUUCGUCCUCCAAUUCGACAAGCAAGUCGAGUCGUGCUGGGGAGGUUGAAGAUGAUGUCGAUGACGUCAUUGCUGCUGUUGUUGAUGGUGAAGAAGAGGAGCGUGAUGGCAAUGUUGAUGAUGAACUUGGUAAUGAUGAUGAUGCUGAGAACAAAACUAGAAGAAUUAAGAAAAAGACCCAAGGUGACAUACUAAACGCCAUCAAAAUCAAGCGCCUCAGAAAGCAGAUUGAUGACGAUUCAAUGAGUGGCAGGUCAUCUCUUGUGAGAUCAUGCAAAGCGGCCAAACAGAGCAUUUCAGAGAAGAGUUUGGAGAGUUCACACUUCACUAAACUGCGACAUGCUGCAGUAAGACGAGUGCCAACUCACCUGCCAUCCAAAAAGACGUCGACGUCGUCGUCAUCAUUAAAUUCUCAUCUGCCAAACAAAAGGCAUUCAUCAAGUAAGUUGGAUGCAUCAGCUACUGCUACAACUUGUAGUCGUGGACGUGGUGCUGCUGGUAACAUUGGUGGCGCUUUCAUUGUUCAAACCAACACUGCAGAUCUCACGUCAAAUGUGGUCGGAGAAGCUGCUACAGUGACUUCUAAGGUAGCUAAAAAAUCUCCUCGAAAGUCUGCACUGAAUGUCGUUUCCAAUGAUUCAUCAGAGGCAUCAACUUCAGUUCAGACUAGGAUGAGGAAGCAGACGAACAUGCGGAUAUGACUAGCACGCCAUCAUCACGAUAGUAAUAAUAAUAACAAUUAUUACAUUAGCAAUGAGAACAAUGAUGAUGAUAGCAGGCACAAAACCAUUAAGAAGUAUUCAGGUAGGAGAUUUAAGGUCAUUUCAGAAAGAAAAACAUAUACUUCUAAUUCUACAGUAACUAGCGACAAUACUACAAUUACUGUUAGUAGUAAAAUUACUAAUAUUAACUCUAACCCUGAUAUUAAACUUGUCAAUACUGUUGUUGUUACCGAC